AUGGGGAACAUCGCCUGUGUCCCGCAGGCUCCCGGCGGCUUCAGGAGCUCCUUCCGAAGGAAACCCUCGCUGAAAAAGGAACAAAACGGCAAGAAAAAGCUGCCCGGCUUCUUCGGGCUCGAUGGAGGCCAGGAGCGGGACACGAGCACGGACAAAAUCCUGCAGUACAUCCCAGCCAAGAUCCUCCAGAAGCAGGAGGACCAGAAGGAGAACCUGGACCAGAGGCUGCCCAGCCUGUUCAAGAGGGGCCGGAGGAAAAUGGUUGUCAGGGAUUUGGGCAAAAUGAUCUAUUACUCCAAGGCCAAGCUGAAGUUCCAGCACUGCCAGGAGGUCCACAGCUGCUUCCUGGAGCUGUUCCAGUCCCACCUGUACUUCCAGUCCUCGGGUCCCAACGGCCUCACCUACCAGGAGCUGCUGCCUCUGAAGGAGCUGCAGGUGCAGGAGCUGGGGGCUGAGCAGGGCCCAGGGCAGCAGGACCAUGCUCUGCACAUCUCAGGGCCCCUGCUGAACCCGCUGGUGGUGUUCUGCCAGUCCAAGGCUGAGCUGAAGCAGUGGCUGUACCACCUGGAGAAGCAGAUCCAGCUCUGUGGAGGGAGCCUGGCCCUGCCCCUGCUGUCCCAGGGCCCCGGGGACAAGGAGGAGCUGCGCUGGUCCGUGCAGAACCUGCCCGUGCAGGACUGGAGGGGAACCCAGCGGGAAUCCCUGGGAGAAAUCCUCUGCCUGUCCAAGGUGAAGCUGCAGCACCUGCCCUUCCAGGAGCAGCACGAGCGGCUGCUGGUGCUGUACCCCUCCACGCUGGUGAUCGUGUCCGAGGAGCCCGGCGGCCUGUGCUUCAAGGGAGAGCUGCCCCUCAACGCCAUCCAGGUGCUGUUUGAGGAGAACGACAAAAGCUCCUUCCUCAUUGAAGGCCGACUGAUAAACUCCAUCCGGGUGACCUGUGCCAGCUACCAGGACUACCAGGAGUGGCUCUACUGCCUCAACACCGCCCAGUUCCGAAACGCCGACUCCUCCCUGUCGGGCUCCGAGAGCUUCUCGGUGGGCUCAAGGCUGCCACAGCCCAGCCAGUUCCCCAGCAGUGUGAGGGGGUCCCUGAGCUCCGAUGGCCAGAGCAGCUCCUGGGCGUCCGGGGGCAGAGUGACGGCGCUGACGGCGCUGACCGCGAGCAGCGGCUCCCUGCCCGACGCCCCCUCCUUCCCGCUGAGCCCCGAGGGACGCCCGCUCCAGGAGCCGCUGUCCCCCGGCUACGCCCAGCCUCUGCACAGCCUGGCCGUGCCCAGCUGGCCCAGCCCAGCGCUGCCCAGGCAGGGGCUGCGCAGGGGGAGCAGCGCCAGGAGCCGCCGGGGCCAGGGCAGCGGGCACGGGGUGCCCAGCCAGGAGCAGGAGCACGAGAGGAGCCUCUGCCGCCUCAUCCCCAAACAGCCCAGGGCAGAGCUGCUGUCCCCCGUGUACCAGGAGCCCUACUGCGCACAGGGCACCCAGCAGCACCCCCUGGCACCGCUGGGCACGGGCACGCUCCUGCAGUGCCAGGGGCAGCCAGGAGCAGCCCAGGGGGCAGUGCCCGGUGCCCAGCAGCUGUCCCUGGAGCAGUGGCACUGCCAGCCCCUGCCAGGGCCCUGCACGGUGCCCGCCUACAGCACCCCGGGCACCUCACGGCGGCUGCAGCUGCGGGCACCUGCCCAGGGCUCCCACCUGGGGGAGAUGUGCUCCCUGCCACAGGAACAGCCGGGCCCUGAGCUGCAUCCCCCAGACGGCCCCUAUGACCUGGCAGACGCCGCCUGUUCCUGCCGGGACUCCUCGUCCUUCCACGACUACGCGGAGCUGCAGAGCUUCCAGAGCGACCGCAGCUACGACAACCUGUGGGAGGCGGAGGAGGCGCAGCCGGGCGGCCCGCACGUCUUCCAGGUGUGA